AUGUUCGGCAUAGUAUUAACAAAAUUAUCCUGUCCGACAUCUUUAGGUUGCAUAAUUGAUAACCCAGCAAGCCUGUUUAGAACGUCCGGUCAACUACUGCCAGGUACAAUGUGCGAUCAUCAGUUUAUAAGCUCACAAAUCACAAAACAACAUGGAAGAUUUUACUCACCUCAUUAUCCGUCAUCAUAUCCAAAAAAUUGUCGCUGUACAUAUUUAUUCCGUGCGAGUUGCUUGAACAAAGCCGACUUGAUCAGAAUUCACGACGGUACCCACUCUCAAGCGCCGACAAUAGCUGUCCUUUGCAACGAAGCCACGGAAAUAGAAGUCCUGAGCACCGGGCCGAACCUUUACAUCGAGUUCGUCGCUAAUUCUGAGUGGCCUGGUCAAGGUUUCAAAGCUGCGUUCCAGUUUCAGCCGAUCGACGAUAUCAAUACAGAGAAAGGAUUAAAAAGUGGUAGGAGUAAGGGAACUGGGGAGGUGUAA